AUUGGGAUUAAUGUGUGUUUUGAGUUUUUAAGUUGAGAGAAAACUUUUUAAAAAUGCUCGGGAAACACACGAAGUUGUUUUUCGGCGUGUCGCUCGUUGCAUUGAUUGUGUCUGUGAUUUUGGCGGCCUGGGGCUUUCCUAAGAUUGUCAGCAAACAAAUUCAAAAGAACAUCCAGAUCGACAACUCGUCGGUGAUGUUCGAGAAGUGGCGGAAGAUACCGAUGCCGCUCACGUUCAACGUAUACGUGUUCAACGUGACCAACGUGGAAGACGUGAACAACGGCGCCAAGCCCCGACUGCAGCAGAUAGGGCCGUACGCUUACAAAGAAUACCGCGAGCGAACAGUACUCGGGUACGGGGACAACGACACAGUAUCCUAUACCCUGAAGAAGACCUUCAUCUUCGACCAGGAGGCGUCAGGCUCACUGAGCGAGGACGACGAAGUCACUGUCAUCCACUUCUCUUAUAUGGCUGCUAUCCUGACAGUGAACGACAUGAUGCCCAGUAUAACAGGCGUGGUCAACGGAGCUUUGGAACAGUUCUUCACCAACCUGACUGACCCUUUCCUGAGGGUCAAGGUCAAGGACCUAUUCUUCGAUGGCGUCUACGUCAACUGUGCUGGAAACCAUUCUGCUUUGGGUCUCGUCUGCGGCAAACUGAAGGCUGACGCUCCCCAGACAAUGCGCCCUGCUGGAGAUGGCAAUGGGUUUUACUUCUCGAUGUUUUCUCAUAUGAACAGAACGGAAUCCGGGCCUUACGAGAUGGUCCGAGGGCGCGAGAAUAUUAAGGAGCUUGGUCACAUCAUCUCAUACAAAGGCAAAAGCUUCAUGAAGAAUUGGGGAAAUGAUAUGUACUGUGGUCAGCUGAAUGGGUCAGACGCGUCCAUCUUCCCGCCGAUCGAUGAGAAGAAUGUGCCGGAAAAACUGUACACCUUUGAGCCGGAGGUUUGCAGAUCACUGUACGCAAGCCUGGUGGGAAAGAGUUCGAUGUUCAACAUGAGCGCGUACUACUACGAGAUCUCGAGCGACGCGUUGGCAUCUAAGAGCGCUAAUCCUGGGAACAAGUGCUACUGCAAAAAGAACUGGAGUGCGAACCACGACGGCUGCCUCAUCAUGGGCAUCCUAAACUUGAUGCCGUGCCAGGACGCGCCAGCCAUUGCCUCGCUGCCACACUUCUACUUGGCUUCUGAGGAACUUCUGGAGUACUUCGAUGGAGGCAUCAGCCCUGAUAAGGAGAAGCACAAUACCUACAUUUAUUUGGAGCCGGUCACCGGUGUCGUUUUGAAGGGUCUCAGACGGUUGCAGUUCAACAUAGAAUUGAGGAACAUCCCAAUGGUGCCUCAACUGGCAAAAGUACCCACCGGACUCUUCCCCUUGCUUUGGAUUGAAGAGGGAGCCGAGCUGCCAGACUCCAUAAUCCAAGAGCUCCGUCAGUCCCACACGCUCCUAGGCUACGUGGAAGCCGUCCGCUGGGCGUUGCUGGCGAUCGCUAUCGUAGCUACAGCGAUUAGCGCUAUCGCCGUAGCGCGAUCAGGGCUGAUACCCGUGUGGCCUAGGAACGCCAACUCUGUCAGCUUUAUACUAAGUCCACACCCUAAUUCUGACGUUAAUAAAGUGCAUUAGUUAAA